CACCAACCAGCUUGUUGUCAAUAACUUGUCAUCUGUCAAGUUGUCAAAAUAUGCAAGUGACACGUAACUCUAUGUAAUUUAAUUACCUAUUUAUGACCUCCAAAUGUGUGAAAACGUGAAAAUUUUCUCAUCAACCGGUCAAUAAAAUAGUUAACAACAUGUCAGAUAAAAGUUUCGGCGACUGCCCGAACAGGAACAUUGUUAAAAACCCGCUCUUGUCCACCGCCGUCACGGGACUCUCAAUUGAAGACUUGACGCAUAACGCAGUUUUAAUUCCCGUUGCGGCUACCCAGGGACUGAUCACGAGAUCAGAACACCAAAUCGGGUCCAACAAUCAUACCCUGGGGCACUCCGAACAUGAUUUCACGAACUUCCCGUCCGGCGAUUCUAAUACCAACGUAUUUGCACCCCAAACCACCGUAUCGGCUUGUCCUCUCCCCUUAGACAAUCAACAACCCUUGCACAAUGAAAAAAAAUCAGAAAAAAUGCCUUCUAGCGUAUCAAAGGCCUCACUUAAUACGGAAGACGACUUUGACGUUAAUGAGUAUUUUGCCCGAUUACAUGGAACUCGUUACGUGAGCGCUCCUAUAAACAGCAAUCCUGACGAAAACGCGAACCUAGCAGCUGAGGAUAACUUGGAAGAGAUUAAUUUGAACGAUGAUAAGGCUGCAGAACCUCAACAAAGUUUGACAGCAGAUAUUGCGCAGAACUUCUCUCAGUUACCAACGGUUUUGCCUCAUGUAGCUAGCGCUGUAUUCAGUUCUUUUUCCAAUAUGUUAAGUUACAAGAGUAGGGAACAAACUCCUGACGAUAGGGGGCAACAUGAGACGUUCCAACCUGGUCCUGGUCCUGUUGGUUCAGGUUUUGUUGGGCAGAAUCUUACCGUUGAUACGCCGCCGAUGGCUGAAGAAGUGGCUAAAGAUGUGGCGCCGCCGCCUAAAGAAAUGGCUAAUGCUGGUGCACCCAACUUCAGGAUAACAUCGAAAAAGAGAUACGCUCAAAUACCAGGCCUAAGUUCAGGCACCAAUUUCGAGACGUUACAGAAAAUUGAACUUAAUCCCUUAACGAAAAACGUUACAAAUUACUUUGUACCGUCUUACGAGGAAAAAGCCGAAGAGCCUACAGUAACACCAGCCCAAACGACGGAAGCGCCAAAACAUGACACUUACGAUAUUUUCAGUCCAAAACCUGAGGCGAAUGCAAGCGAUUUUCAAUCUAAUGCCUUUAAUAUUACUAUGGAUAAUGAUUCAAAAUCGUUUGAAGAACGCUUGCCUCCACCCACGUCGUAUGCUAUGCAAGGCAAUGCCACAAUACCUCCACCUCCGAUGUUCUCUUCUCAGAGAACUAGUUCACAGUCAGCCAAGUCUGUACUUCCCCCGUCAGUUGCAAGGCGAAUUGGAUCUAAUCACCCAGUAAUAAAGCCUCAAACUGUCCAAACGUUUAACACUGAAAAUAUAUUUGUACCAACAUUUGAUCCAACAGCCUUUCCGAAUGAUCCGGCUCAAGCUAUUGGGUCUUCUUUUGGAGAAACACAUUCCCAAUCGUUUGAUAGCCAAAUUGUCAUGCAACAGCCUACGUCUCACAGCCAAGAUGCUGCAUUAAAUAAUAUGACAAGUAUACCACCGCCAGCUCAAUUCACGCAACCAACUCCUGCAUUCACAGCACCACAAACAUUGCCACCACCGCCUUCCAACAUACCAGCGAAUGUACCAGCACCGCCAAUGUUUGCCUCAACACAACCAUCAAGUACUUCAAUAUUUACGCCUCCAAAAUCAGAAGACAAAUCAAAAUCUUCUACAGAAACAAAACCACCAAAUGUAUUUGCGCCAACACCACCUACUCAAGUACCACCAGGGCCAAUAAAACCCCCAACUGCAGGAUCCACACCGAAUAUAGCACCACCAACGUUCUUCAGUCCACCUCCAGUCGAAACUGGUACAACUUUUUACAGUACAGAUAAUGUUCAGGUGCAACCAAGUCAACAGUUUGUAUCAGAGCCUCCUAAACCUUUAGUAGAACCGCCAAAAGCUACAGGAGCUGUGAAUUACAGGCUCAAUAAGAAACGGCCUCAGUAUUACUCAGGGCCUAUUGAAGGCGUUGGUUCUAUCAGUAAUAGUAUAAAGCCUGUUAUAGCUCCAGUUGAUCCUGGAACAUUCCAUGGAGCUAUGUUCACACCAGAACAGCCAGCAGACCUAAAUGUGCCAUCUUCAGUCCCAUUCGAUUUAAGUAAGCCAGCUGAAACAACGCCUCUAGCCCCUCCGUAUAACACUGCAAAUCUUAUAAAGGCACCAACCCCAGUCUUUGAUAUAAGUCAGACAGCUCCAUACCAACAUUUCGAUAUUUCUAAUCCUGUUCAGAACACAGCACAAUACAAUACGGCAUUCGAUUUAAGCAGACCGACAACAGAAACCUAUGAACCUGUUGAACAAAAAGAAUCUAAGGGCUUCGGUAUAAUUGGAUCGCUAAAAUCUAAACUAAGCAGCAUAGAUAUCAAUAAGAUUCAACAUAGCGUGACAACCUUCUUCGAUCCAGCUUACAACGAUACGUCAAAGCAAGAGAUGACUGCACAGCAAAAUGCACCUUACGCACAUAAUCCAUAUCAGGCACAAACGGCUCAGACGAAUCUAGAAAUAUUUGUGCCAAGCGCUCAACAAAAUACCCAACAGUAUGGUUACGAUUACCAACAGCAUUCCUUGUAUUCAAACAAUGAAUAUUACAAGUACCCAAAUUUCCAAAAUCAAGGACAACCAGAAGCCGGUCAUUGCUCUAAUGAGCAUCAUUAUCCAAGUCAUUUGCAACAACAUCCCAAAUCAUUUGACAACGCCCAACAUGGAUAUGGGAAUCAGCCUAUGAAUUCUAUGUUCCACUCUUCCAACUUACAAAUGCAAGAAAAUAACACCAAUAUGACUGUAGGACCUAAUAAACCUAACAAUGUAAUGACAUUCAAAGAAACACAAGAUUUUAAUGCUGAAAGACAAAUGGAUGAAAACGUAGCAAGAGCUGGACCUGAAGUUUCUAGACUUCUACAAAGCACGACUAAUAUAGAAGAACGAUUUGCUGCUAACUUCUUUGACAAUCAGUAUGGGAGUACAUCAGAACCUAUGAAACAAGUAGCUGAUGAUACCCCUCGUGAUAUUCCACCAAUAGGACAAGACAGAACUUUUAUAAAAGAAUCUUUUGAACCCAUCAAACAAGACACUCAAUUUGCUACGGAACCGGUAGCUAUGUUUAAUCCGAACACUAUAGAUCUAUUUGCUAACAUGAAAAUUGAUAGCAAGGACGAUAAUAACGAAAAAACGACUAACAUCUUCACAAACCAAAGCUUUAAAAGUGAAGAAAAACAAAACAUAUCAAGUAAUGAAGCACAAAGUCUAGAUUUAUUUGCUAAUAUUAAAACUGAGAGUGAAAAAUCUGAAGAGAAACAAUCAAAAUUCUUUCCUAGUAUGGAUAGUAAAGCCAAUGUGCAGAGUUUCAAUGAUGAUGCGAAACCACAUAACUUAUUUCCUGUUGAAAAGAAAGAAAUUACUUCUUCAAGAGAUAAUUUACUUGAUUCUUUAACGAAAGAUGAUGGGACGAUUUUAGGCGUAUCGUCUGUUCCAUUAUUUGGUCUUAGCCCAUUGGUUGUUGAACAAUCAAAAGAAACGGUUGGGUCAGAUAUGAUUGCAAACUUACCUGAAAGAAAUGCAAGCAUGAGUUUCUUUGACCAUUCGCAGAAAUUAGAAGAUUUUAGUGCCAAGCACGAUAACACGUUAAACCGCAAUGCUAGCUUAAGUUUCUUUGAAAAUAUUCCAGCGCCUACAAAAGACGAGAAACAUGAAACAGAUUCAGACAUUAAAAUGACAAAUUUCUUCGAUAAUGCAAAUGCUAUUGGUCAAAUACCAAAACAUGACGUUGUUGAAGAUAGUGACAAUUUAGAAAAAGAUACUAAUACCGAUAUUCCAAGUACAAUAACUCAGGAUGACGAUGAAAAUGUUUCUGAAUUAAGCAUUUGCGAGACUUGCAGAGAAGUCAAUAAGCCAGAAGAUAAAGAAGAAGAGCAAGAUGUGACAACACAGCUUAUAGAAAAUAUUACAGCUCCAAUACAAUUGUCGAACCCUGUUGAGGCAACUUUAACUGAGACACCUAUUUUAGAACCAGUAAAUACGGAUCAAGAGACCUUUAACCCUGGACAGUUUGAAGAAAUAUCUCAUAUUACGGAAGAAACAAUAGAAACCAUCCAAGUACAAUCUGCCAUUGAACUGCUUGACGACGUGGCUGAAAUGAAACCUAUGAACUAUGGUUGGGUGAACGAAAGCGCUUUAAAAGAAGACUACAAUUUCAAUAUUGAUAGCAAACAAAUAGGUUUCUUUGGAAAGAACUCUCUCUUCUUCGAUAAAGGUGCUGCUACGGAAGAAAUUGAAAAUGAAAAGAACAUGUUAGUUCGACAAAUGAGCGUACCUUCCGCGCCACCGGCUGAAGAAGAGGAUGAUUCGAAAUCUGACGAAACUGGAGUUCUAGAUGUGAAUUCUAUAGAGCAAGACGCUAAAAAGGACUUUCCACUUUUCGAAGAAUUCGUUAUAGAACCUUCGGAAAACGAUGAAGAUAAUUUUAAAGAACAAGAAACAUCCGAAGCCGUACUAGACUCUUUCACAGAUAGAGUAGAAAAAUACAAAAGCCUGGAGCCGUCUGAAUGCGGCGAUGCAAUGAGUUUAUCCUUCUUCCAGACACAGCAUCCUAUAGGCAUGUCGUCCUACUUUGACACAGGAAAUUACGCUGUUGAAACUCAUUAUAGAAACACGAAUACUAGACCAGCUCCCACUUUGAGUAUACCGCCAGGUUUCGAAGAAGAGUAUAAGAGACGACUUGCUUUAGCAAAGCAGAGAGAAGAGAAAUUGAGGCAGGAAAUAGUAGUUGUACCUGAUACUUCGACUCAGACUAAAACUACGUCGGUAGCUACUUACUGUUCAUCUAGAAUUGUUCCUAGCUACAACUGUCCUCCUCCACCUGUAGGAUUUAAUAUUGAAACCGAUCUAUCCAAUCUGGUAAAAGACGAAGGUGAAACUACACCAGACAAAUUAACACCACCCAAUUCCCAAAGCCUUUUGACAGCUGAUGGUGAUAAGCCACCGGAACGAACAAACGAUAAUGAAACUAAACUACCUGAAUUUGUAAACGUUUUUGGCUUGAAACCGCUUGAGGAUUUGGAAGACAAAAAAGAAACAUCAGCUGAUUCGAUAAAAACGUCUGAAGAUACAACUAAAGUACUGCCAACAUUCCAAGCGUUUGCUGCUAGCGAGCCAAAAGCUGAAGAAAAACGUGAAGAGAAAUUGCCAGAUCCAAUCAACUUCUUUUCAGACGCUAAUACAAACGAUCCCCCAGAAACAUUCAGCCGUCUUGCUAGCUAUUUCAGUUCCCCACCAAAAACAGAUCACGCUAAAUCUUUUUUUGAAUUAAGCCAGAGUCAAAAUCAUUACAGACAUGCCACUACUGAGCAAAAAGCGAAAAUCAACGAUCUAAUUAAAGAUUUAACUUCGGUUCAAAAUUUAACUGCAACUAAAGAUCAAACUGUUAAACACGUUAAUUAUUUUACAAUUGAAUAUGACACUGUGUUAUCUGACUUAAAACAUGCCGACGUUAUUGGUCAUGAAUCGGCGGAUUUGAAAGAAGAUGUGAAUUUAGAUAGGGUUUUUACAAAUUGUAGGUAUUGUUCGGAUAUUGUGAAUACUAGUUUCACUGUUAGGAAAGCGGUUAAUGAACCUUCCGAUCAAGGAAGUAAUAAUAGUCCAGAUAUGGAACCCCAGAAAAAAGCUGGUCGUGGUUCCGUCACAGUGAAUUUCGAUGGUGUAGCUGUCCAAGAGGAUAAUAAUGAAAGUGUCUUGGGCGAAGUUGAGAACCGUUCAGCGACUGAAUACACUCCAGUAAAGCAUCAUUGGUUUUAUAGAGUCGACGUCGAAGAUAAAUCGAUAUGGAGAGGUUUCUCUGUACUAGAUUCGAUGGCACUCGAAGAAGCUUAUUUGAACCCGGACCUCAACGAAAAUACAAUGGUGCCUACUGACGGCGGUAGAUAUGAUGUGAAUAUCGUUGGCAGACUAAGAAUUCCAGUGUACUGGACGGAUAAACCUACGAAUGUCCGAAGAUGCAGUUGGUUUUACAAAGGUACAACUGACGCCAGAUACGUGCCUUAUACUGAAGCUGUAGCCGAAAAACUUGAGGAGGAAUACCGCCACGGUAUGACUACGGCUGAAUGGCACAGGCGUUUGGUGCUGCCGAACGGGGAAGUGGUUGUGAUGCAUGGACCUAGUGUAAUGGUACACUUUCUACACAGCGAUAACGCGUUUAGUACCCCACCGCAGUCCAUUUCUCGACCCCGUGUUGUGAGAAGGGGUCAUGACGAGUCUGAAAUUGAGGAUACAGAGCCAUCUAGUAUCGAUCACCUGUUACUACUCUGUCAUGGCGUCGGUUCCGCUUGUGAUAUGCGCUUCCGGUCCGUUGAGGAAGUUGUGGAAGACUUCAGGACGACCAGUCUUCAGCUGAUACAGUCUCACUACAGGAACUCAUACGACCAGGGCAUCGUCAGUAGAGUUGAGGUACUUCCGAUAUCAUGGCACGCGACCCUUCAUUCGGGCGAGACAGGCGUCGACCGCCGUCUCUCACAGAUCACCCUAGACAGUAUACCACGACUUCGCAGCUUUACGAACGAAACAGUUCUCGAUGUACUAUUCUAUACCAGCCCUGUUUUCUGCCAGACAAUUCUAGACACAGUUUGCAAGGAACUCAAUCGCAUCUACGAGCUGUUUCUUCAACGUAAUCCCAAUUUCAAAGGCGGGGUCUCUCUAGGGGGUCACUCUUUGGGCAGCGUCAUUUUAUACGACCUUCUGUGCCAUCAAAAUGAAGUAUCAAAAGAAGAUUCUUGUCAGAAGGUUUCGGACAAGAAUUAUGUGAACGGCCCGGCUGGUACGGGUCAGCCGACCGUACGGUACCCACAGCUGGUGUUUGCGCCCGCCGCGUUAUACGCAUUGGGAAGCCCCAUAGCAAUAUUCGAGUGUAUACGAGGCGUCGAGUCGCUGGGAGUCAGUUUUUCACUACCAACAUGCAAGAAUUUCUUCAACAUUUUCCAUCCCUACGACCCUAUCGCUUAUAGAAUCGAACCCCUUAUUAACCCGGUGCUGCGAGAUUUGAAGCCGUUUCUCAUCCCACAUCAUAAGGGCAGGAAGAGAAUGCAUUUAGAAUUGAAAGACACGAUGGCUCGAGUGGGUGCUGAUCUAAAACAGAAACUGCUGGAGUCACUAAGGAGUACGUGGAACAAAUGGAAAACGCAGCCAACUGAAGGUCAACUGGAAAAGGUCGUUGAAGAAGAGUUGGAAAAGGAACAGCUGACGGAUGAUAGCAAAGAAGACUUGGCGAGAGAAACUGAAUUGGCAACUCCAGAGAAGCUGGGUCGCUUAAAUGGCGGUCGUCGCGUGGAUUAUGUACUACAGGAAGCACCUUUAGAAAUGAUCAACGAAUACCUAUUCGCUAUGAGCAGUCACGUCGGUUAUUGGGAAUCUGAAGACACGAUGCUCCUAAUACUCCGAGAGAUUUACUCCGCGCUGGGUGUCCAGCCUGACUCCACGGUGCCCCAGCAAAAUAUGACUGUACAGAGGACUAGGCCUGUCAAACAGGAUGAAACGAUAAUUGUAAAUUCAUCGCCUUCAGAUUAUCCAUCAACGAGCCGGGACGCGAUAUGAAAGUAUAACACUUUCUAGAAAAAAAUAGUUUAAUUUUUAUAUAUAUAUAUAAAUGUAUAUUGUAUUUAAGAAAACCUCUAUCCGAACGAAUAUGAAUUAUUAUUGUUAUAAUACGGCUUGACCGCAGUGAUACCACGCGCAGAAACCGGCGUGAAACAACUACAGCGAAAAGUAA